AUGACUCGAUCGGCGCUCGUCGCCCUCACCUCGGCGGAUGUCGUUCAGCACAUCGCUGCUUACGUGCGCUGCCCGUAUGCCCUCGGUGCCUUCCUCCAACUCGUCCCGUCCACCGACCUCUCCAUCGCGUUCCGGCAUCUCGCGCGAUUAGCGCAGACCAUCGCGCUGCCCCACCUCUGGCCGCGACUUCGAGCCUCGGCGCUAACGUCAUCGUUCGAAGUAUCGCUGGCGACGACGCUCCUGCAGCAUGGGAGCUCGACGCUGUGCCUCGACGAAUGGCCCAAGACAUGUAAUCGGCUCGCAGCGUCCGCGCCGUCCCUCGCGUGCACCUUCCUCGCGUCCAUGGCCGACGCCGCUGCGUGGACAGGCGCGCGACUUGUCGAGUGCGCGCUCAUUCUUGCUUCCAGUGAUAACGUCGAUGACGUGGCGUCGGUCGCUGCGUGGAUGGCGACGGCGCCGCGCUUGCGCAGCGUGCAGCUCGCCUAUUACAGCGGUCUCGGACCCAUCGAAGAGCGUCUCUCGCAGUCGAUUUUUUCCCGCCGCAUCGGCGACAUCUCGCUGCACAACGUCGGCCCCGACGCGCUGCCGCCGCAUUGGAUUGCGCGCCUUGUCGACUGGCUGCGAAGAAAUCAGGCGACGCGCGUGAGUCUGGCCGAGGUCGUCACUGGCGACGGGCCUGACGUGCUCGUCCUCGCCCGUGCACUGCAUGCCUGCACCUCGCUGCGGUCGCUCGAGUUCACGCAUGUCCCAGAGCUUGCGACGGCUUAUCUUGCGGCGCCCUUGCCCAGCACGCUCGUCGAGUUGGCGCUGACGGACAGCGGCCUGCCGAAUGGGUGCGCUGCAGCCCUCGUACACGCCAACUUGACGCGCCUCAAGCUGCACAUCCACGACGCAGCAGACAGCGCCUUGGCUGCGGUCUUCACCUCGUGCCCGAGCAUGUUGGCGCUGACGUCCAUCGACGUUGCGUACGAAGUGCUACAAGAGCUUGCGUGCGGCGCUCUCGUGCGUGCGCUACCUCUCGUCCGAGCGCUGGACGAGCUCAAGCUCGAGUCGCUGCACGUCCGCGACAUGGCUCUGGUCUCAAGUCUUGUCCCCGUACUAGCCCACUGCCAGAGCUUGCACCGCGUCGCCCUCCGGGGUCUAUGGUGGCCACACUCGACGCUGCCCGCAACGGGCUCCUGCCUGCGUUACCUCUGCCUGAAAGGGUGCUUGCUUCAAGACAGCAUAAAAUGUAUCGGUGGUGUCCGCGUGUGCUGCACGACGACGAACGGGCCGUGCUGGAUCGACGGCAACCUCGACGCCUACCACAUGGGAACGCUGGAUCAUUGCACGUCGGAGCGGGCGUCCUUUCUCUAG